UUCCUUCUUAUGCGUUCUGCUGAGAGCUGAAUGAAAAUGGGAACUUACUUCUGCCGGGAGCAGUGGAUGGGGAUCGGUGCAAAAUGAGCGUUGAACCAGCAAAAAGGGGGGAAAAAAGCAUUCCGGAGACGUGAAACAGAUCCCUUCAGCAAGGAAUGUGGGACUCUUCCUGCUUUCAAAAUGUGACCUAUUUUAAAGCAGGUUUCUCUUUUUUGUUAAAUCAGUGGCUGCAAACAGAUGAGAGUCUCUGGCCCUUUAACACCAACUUGUCCUCUCUGUGGAGUGUGACUGGAUCGCUUCCUUCAUGUCUUGACAGCAAAAGCUUUGAGUUUGGCUCCGUUCUAGUGCAAUGCAGUGAAAGUUUGUCAGGAGAGCCAUUACUCGAUCCGAGUAAUGUGGAAGCAAUAUAAUGCAGAUGAACUGGCCUUAAUUAUUACAAGUAAAAACACUGCCUUUUGUCUGAAGUAUCCUCAGCAACACAUGGCUUCAUUACUUUGAACUAUUUGGGCCUGGAGCCUUGAUGUUUGCUUGCUGCAGAAACUUGACAGUAGCCUGCUGCACACUGACAAAUGGUAUUUUAGUCUGCUGCCCUGAACAGAAGCUAUAGGCAGAAUGCUGGUCUUUGAAUACCAAAAUUUCACCGUCUGAAGAUGCAAGAUAAUUUUCAUGUUGAGCUGUUCCUUAAAAUCUGGAUCGCUGUCGAAGCUUUUGGUCACCUGCCUUCAUAUUUCCUGUGUGGCUCAGUAUCGAACGUGUUCCUGUGCAGCACCUUGGGAUGUUUUGCUACUGCGAAAAUGACUUCUAUGACUGAAACCAGAAAUGCUGCUGCUAAGCAAAAUGGGCACAGUGGUGAAGGCAACUCUCGGGAGAAGAUUUACAAAAAGACGCCAUCAUCUGCACUUCAAGGUUCUAUCCAGCUUGGAAUAGGAUACGCUGUUGGGAAUCUCACAUCGAAACCAGGCAGGGAUGUGCUUAUGCAAGAUUUCUACGUUGUGGAAAGUGUCUUUCUACCAAGCGAAGGAAGCAAUCUUACACCCGCACAUCGCUAUCCAGACUUCAGGUUCAAGACUUAUGCUCCACUAGCAUUCCGCUAUUUCCGAGAACUCUUUCACAUAAAGCCAGAUGAUUAUUUGUAUUCCUUAUGCAAUGAGCCACUGAUCGAACUUUCCAAUCCUGGCGCUAGUGGGUCCUUAUUUUACGUCACAAGCGACGAUGAAUUCAUCAUAAAGACUGUGCAGCAUAAAGAAGCAGAGUUCUUGCAGAAGUUGUUACCAGGCUAUUAUAUGAAUUUAAACCAGAAUCCCAGGACACUUUUGCCAAAGUUUUAUGGCUUGUACUGUAUGCAGUCGGGAGGCACUAACAUAAGAAUUGUGGUUAUGAACAAUGUGCUGCCACGUUCCGUGCAUAUGCACCACAAGUACGAUUUGAAAGGAUCGACAUACAAACGUAGGGCUUCGAGGAAAGAGAGAGAAAAAGAUAUACCCACAUUCAAAGACUUGGACUUUAUACAGGACACACCGGAUGGCCUUUUUUUUGAUGCUGAGACAUAUAACGCGUUGAUUAAAACACUUCAGCGGGAUUGCCGGGUGUUGGAAAGUUUCAAAAUCAUGGACUACAGCCUGCUAUUGGGAAUCCAUAACUUGGACCUAGCCAUCAAAGAGAAAGAGAAGGAAGCAGAAAGCCUCCAGACUGCCACAGAUGGGAAGCGCCUUGGGGGGCAGAAGGUCUUGUAUUCCACAGCCUUGGAAUCCAUACAGGGUGCAACUAAAUCAGGGGAAUCUGUUGGAACAGAUGAUACAAUGGGUGGUAUACCAGCCAAAAAUAGUAAAGGAGAGAGACUUCUACUUUAUAUGGCCAUUAUCGAUAUUCUGCAGUCUUACAGGUUCAUUAAGAAGCUGGAACACUCUUGGAAAGCUCUCGUCUAUGAUGGAGAUUCUGUGUCAGUCCAUAGACCAGGAUUCUACGCUGAUCGGUUUUUGAAGUUCAUGAGCAGUCGGGUAUUUAAGAAGACACUGUCUUUGCGGCCAUCUCCCUCAAAGAAGGCUCGUAAUUCCAUUCCGGCUAUUAAAUACAUAGGACAGGAAGUUCUGUCCUCUGGACCAAUACAAGAGACAACUGAAGGAAAGAAUGAGCUGCUAUUUGGAACCAGGAGCUAUUGUAGCCUUGAUGGAGAAGGAUAUCGUAGACGACCGGACCUGCUUCCCAGCACAACAUCUUUAUUUGAAGCCGCCUCCUUAGCAACAACACUUUCCUCGACAUCAUUAUUUAUGAAUGAACAGACGCCAUCUGAAGGAACUGCAAACUCUUCACACAAGGAAGAGAACCCGACUAGCUCCACUGUCACUUUGGAAGACAGCGCAAUCUGUUUAACACUGGAGCAAAGCACAUUAGAAAUAGAAAAUGAUGACGAUUCUGAAUUCGACAUUCACUUGGGGAACAAUUUAAACAUGAAUAUGACUCCUUGGAUUUUUACUGAAACAUCGAUCAUAAAUAAAGCAACAUGAGGAAUUAGUUGGAACAUUUGGGCAGAGAAAGAAUAUAAAUCCAGCCUGAGCCUUCCUUCACCUGGAAAUGAAGAAUAUUUCAUAUACUCCGGCUCAUGAAGAAUUCAAACAGGAAUCCUGUUUAGCAAAGAGGAUUCUGGCAAGUGCCAUGGACUUUGUCAACCGACAUUGAACAGUACAAGGUUCACGAGGAACAUUUCACACUUCAGCACCAAGUCUGUAUUGCUGCUAUACAAAUGCAGAUCCCCCCCCUCCAUUUUUGUGAUCCCACCUGAUCAACUGAAAAGAGUUUGUCAUUUUUACUGGUUCUGAAAUUCUACCAGAUUUAUAUUUUGUUACUUCAGUAGUUUUGAAUGCAUACAUUUCAGUGUCUGGCAGUUUUAAAAAAAAAGUUUUUUCUCAGAUGCCAAAAACACUUAUGCCUAAAGCAUAAAUGUUUACUGUUCUAUUUUGCUAAAUUUCCUAAGAAGCAGUCUUUUAAUCACCUCUGGAAAAAAAUUGCCUACUUUGUACUUGCAUUGAAUUGCAAUGUUUGCACAUGACUACAUUAACAGUUACUCUAGAAACCCUAGUUUUGCUUACUUGUCAGUUUGAAACAAAAAAGUUUACAGAAAUGUGUGUGCUUCAUCUCAAUAUCUAUUUUAAAAAUGACAAAAGGUCUAUUUUAAUGAAGUCUUACGGGGUGGUCUUAAAAGUCUCUGUAAAUAAAUAUCUUUAAAAUUGUAAAGGAGUUUGCUUGAGAGAUGCUUCCUAUAACUUAAUGUCCACUUAACAAAAGUAUUGUACAGGAAUUAUCUGAUAAAAUUAUCUUCUGAGAUGUACAGUAUAAAGCAUCGAAUGGCCUGCUAAAAUUUAUGCUGCAUAUUAUGUAUGUAGAUUGUAUAGGACUUGAGUUUUGCUGCCAUUCUGAAGUAGAAUCACCUGUAACAAAAAUUUCCUUUAAGCAAUCAUGUUCAGAUUAUUUAAAUGUUACACAAUUGUUGAGCCUCUACAUUUAUUUAAAUUAUGUCUUGCUGUAGCCAUUCUUCUAUUAAGGAGAGAAUUUAUGAAAAGGGGAAGUAUUUGGCAUCCCCUGGUGGACAUGAUUUAGCACUAAACAGCAUCCAGGGCAAAGUGAACUUCAGUUUCUUCGACCAAUGUUUUGAAUCAAUUAGAAAGCACUUGGAAAGAAAUGACCAGCAGAGAAUUAAUAAAAUAAAGUUGAACUUGA